CCACCCCCUGAGCCAGCUUUACCACCGCCAAGUACCAUUCUUUUGAAGUACACUGUGAUGGAUCGUUUCUUCACGAUUCCCAGGAGGCGGCAUAUGGCGUCGUUAUUAUGAACGGCCAUGGUCAAGUUGUUGAUGGGAAGGCUGAACCCCUGCACUGCUUCUCUCCGAUUGAGGCGGAAGCAAAAGCUCUUCUAGAAGGGGCCUUGGCUGCUGUGGAGCUUAAUGCCCCAUGCCGGGUGCGUUCGGACUGCCUGGUUUUGGUGAAGGCUCUCCAAGGAUUGCCGAGGCUCUGGCCAUGGCGGGCCGCAGCCAGCCUGGGAAGAAUCCUAAGUCUUACCAGAGUCUGCCCCAACAUCAGAAUUGAUUGGAUUAAUAGGAAGCGGAAGUCCAAAGCAGACUGGGUGGCCAGAUCCUGCGCAAGGAACCAGCUACCCUCGAAAUGGAUUCAUAUUCUUAAUGUUGUGUCUCCGCUUCUGUAACUUUGUUUCCACCUGAUUUGGAAUGAAAAGUUUGUGCCCCUUGUCAAAAAAAAAAAAAACCUGAUAUAUCGCCGCCGUCCUCCUCUGAACCCAAGUUUCCAAUUCCCAUGGCGUGGCGCCGCUUCCUCUUCUGUAUCUCCAACCUCACCAACGCGGCCCAAAUCCCAUCUCUCUCACCCCUCCUCCGAUCUAACCCUUUCUUCCCUGUUUCUUCCCCUUCAGCUCUCUUCUCCACCUCCUUCCUUGUCACUAAAACCCCCAAAAAGUUCAAGAAGAAGCGGAAGAAGCCCGAUUCCCCUCGCACCAAGCCCGUCCAGCAUCCUUCCACCAGAAACCACCAUUUCGAAUCCUUGGUCGAGCGCGAUUCUUACUUCCGAUUCCUCACCAGAUCCAAACAGUUCCUCUCCCAGCAGCCGGAGCACGUCCUCCGCCUCGAUGACGCCGGCAAGCUCUACCGGGAGCUGGGCUUCCCUCGCGGUCGCAAAGUUGCUCGCUACCUCCAGCGCCACCCAUUACUUUUCCAGACUUACCGUCACACGGACAAUAAAAUGUGGCUAGGGUUCACGGAUUUCAUGGAGGACUUGCUCAACGAGGAGCGAUCGAUUAUGGGUUCCGUGGAAAUCGACAGGGUUGACAAGGUCACCAAGCUGUUGAUGAUGUCCAAGGACAAGCGUAUUCCUCUGAGUAAGAUUCACCACUGUCGGUUAUUGUUUGGAAUUCCUGACGAUUUCCGAGACAGAGUGGUUAAGUAUCCCGAGCGAUUUAGGGUUGCGGUUGGGAGUGAUGGGAAGAGAGUGCUGGAAUUAGUGAACUGGGAUAAGAGCUUAGCGGUGAGCCAGCUAGAAAGGCAGUUUAUGGUAGAUGAGGACAAAGCCAAGAGAGCGUUUAAGUUUCCUGUAAAAUAUGCUAAAGAUUUAGAAUUGGAUGAGGGGGAUACUAGAACGUUGAAUCUCUUGAACACAUUGCCCUUGGUUUCGCCCUACAGUGAUGGGCAUAAGCUUGAUCUUUGGAGCUUAGAGGCCGAGAAAUACAGGGUUGGAGUUGUUUACGAGUUUCUCAGCCUGACUUUGGAGAAGAGAGCUUCCAUUCAUCACAUUGUGGAGUUCAAGGAUGAGUUCUCCUUGACAAAGCAUACAUAUGACAUGCUGAAAAAACAGCCCAGGACAUUUUACCUUGCUGGGACUGAGAUGAACUGGGUUGUGUUUCUGAAAGAUGCUUAUGAUGAGAAGGGAAAUCUCACUGAUAAGGAUCCACAAGUGCUUUUCAAUGAGAAAUUGUGUCAGUAUGCUGAAAUGAAGAAAGGGGAGUUGUAACCUGCAAGUGCGGUCUCCACUGAUGCAAUAUGAGCCCGGUAUGAUGGAGAAGUUGAAGGGCAUUGGACUGAACUUAUUCAGGUUCGCUGCAGCAGGCGGAUAAACUGAAAUGCCUUUAGUUGACAUUGACAAUGUUGCAGGUAUCGUCCAUCGAUCAAUUAGAACGCACUUUGCUUCCUUUACAUGACAAGCUCUAUGAUUAUGUUUGUUAAUUGACAGACGUUAUUUAUAUUUAUGAUUCUGCUUCUUCUGGUGUCUAACGGUUGAUUCUAGUGUUGUGUGUUCAAGACUGCAUUCCAUUGGAAGUGGAGUGUGCUUAGUUCACCGACAUGAUACCAAAAGAUAGGCGAUCCUCAAAUGCCUUCACUCGGAUAUUGAACCCUCUUCCCCUUGUAAAAAGGAGAAGUCACGACUCACCAAGCGUUGAUGACAUUAUAUAAAUAAAACAUGUUCAGAAAACUUUUCCUAGGAUCAGAUUUUAAAGUUUAGUCAAUUUGAUUGAUUUAUCAUUUACGAUUGUAUGUGGAUCUACAAAGUUAGAAAUGUUUUGAGAUGGUGAUAUGAAUCAGUUGUCUUUUCUUAUCGUCUUAACUCUUACCCUCCCUUCCGGAAGGGAGGAAAAUAGAGGGUAGGGAAAGGGAAUUAGGAGGGGAGGGAAAAUUUGGAGAUUAAGUAAAUUGGAAGGAAAAUGGUAUUUUAUGGAGGAAAGUGGGAAGAAAAAUGUGUAUUGGGAAUUGUUAUGGAUAUGUUAUUGGGUAUGCUUAUGGUGACAUGCAUUUCACCGUAACUUGCACUUUUAAGUUGAUCUUAUAUAUGAUUAUGUCGACCUAAUCUGUACUUUUAGGUCGACUUUAUAUGGGAUUGGGUCGACCUAAUAUGCCGUUUCAGUUUUCUGAGGUUCAACGACGUGGUUGAUCUUUUAUAGCAAAUGGUCGACCUCUUGGGAAGCGCAUGGAUGACAUGUACGACUACAUGAGUCAGAUUUCCACCCAGAUGACUGACAUUCGAUCUUUCAGUGGAAGAUACAUGCAUGUCACCGUAACUUCCGACUAUCAAAAUGCUUGCAACACUAAUGAAGAAAAUGUGAAUGA